CAUUUUACUGAGGUAGAUAUUACAGCACCACUUAUUCGUUUGAUUGUUGUGCGCUUCGCUGUCCGCUUCUCCUGACGCACCAAUUCAGCGCGUUUUCCAGCAGAGAUCGUUGUGAGAUCGCAGGACGGGAGGAUGACAGCUCGAGUGUAUUUCUCGUUGAUUGCUGUUUUAUUGUGUCUGUUCGGAUACUUGAACCUAACUCACGCUAUUCCAAGACGAACCACAGUGAAGCCGGGUCAAUGUCCAAUAUCGGAGAUGAUUCCACUGUGUGCUAAAAGCUGUUUCCAUGAUGGCCAGUGUCCGACCCGACAGAAGUGUUGCCCAACCACUGGUGGCUUUGCAUGCAGUGAACCAUGUGGCCAGGGAAGAGGUCAGGGAAGUUGCCAGGGAAGUGGACAGGGUCAGGGACAGGGAAGUGGCCAAGGACAGGGCCAGGGAAGCGGCCAGGGAAGCGGUCAGGGACAAGGCCAGGGAAGCGGUCAGGGACAAGGCCAGGGAAGCGGUCAGGGACAAGGCCAGGGUAGUGGACAGGGUCAAGGACAGGGCCAGGGUAGGGGCCAAGGUCAGGGACAGGGAAGCGGUCAGGGACAGGGAAGCGGUAAGGGACAAGGACAGGGUCAGGGACAGGGAAGCGGUCGGGGACAGGGCCAAGGUCAGGGCCAGGGAAGCGGCCAGGGCCAGGGACAAGGCCAGGGUAGUGGUCAGGGACAGGGAAGUGGUCGGGGACAAGGACAGGGUCAGGGAAGUGGUCGGGGACAAGGACAGGGUCAGGGAAGUGGUCGGGGACAAGGACAGGGUCAGGGAAGUGGUCGGGGACAAGGACAGGGUCAGGGAAGUGGUCGGGGACAGGGUCAGGGUAGUGGCCAGGGACAGGGCCAGGGAAGUGGCCAGGGACAGGGCCAGGGUAGUGGUCAGGGCCAGGGACAGGGAAGUGGCCAGGGACAGGGACAAGGCCAGGGUAGUGGUCAGGGACAAGGCCAGGGUAGUGGACAGGGUCAAGGUCAGGGACAGGGAAGCGGCCAGGGUCAGGGUCAAGGCCAGGGUAGUGGUCAGGGACAGGGAAGUGGUCAGGGACAAGGACAGGGUCAGGGUAGUGGCCAGGGACAAGGCCAGGGACAGGGUAGUGGCCAGGGACAGGGUAGUGGCCAGGGACAGGGUAGUGGUCAGGGACAAGGCCAGGGUAGUGGUCAGGGACAAGGACAGGGAAGUGGCCAGGGACAGGGCCAGGGUAGUGGUCAGGGACAAGGCCAGGGUAGUGGACAGGGUCAAGGACAGGGCCAGGGUAGUGGCCAGGGACAGGGACAGGGUCAAGGUCAGGGACAGGGAAGCGGUCGGGGACAGGGUCAGGGACAGGGAAGCGGCCAGGGUCAGGGACAGGGAAGCGGCCAGGGUCAGGGACAAGGCCAGGGAAGUGGCCAGGGACAAGGACAGGGCCAGGGACAAGGCCAGGGUAGUGGUCAGGGACAGGGAAGUGGUCAGGGACAGGGUCAGGGUAGUGGCCAGGGACAAGGACAGGGACAGGGUAGUGGUCAGGGACAGGGAAGU